UGAAAGAGAGUGUGGGAUACUAUUUGAUGCCCAUCACAGCCCAAGUCCGUGAAGAGAUGUCAAGAGGCAGAUAUCCACAUUUUAUUUCAUAAUGAAAAGGUCCAAACCUUCAGGUGCGCAAGGAAGAAAACAGUGAAAAGAUGAGGCGAAAAGAAAGCUAGAGGUAAUCCCUCCAGAAUGGAACAACACGUUCCUCUGCCCCUCCCUUGUUGCUUCCCACUGCAGACAGCUGGAUGUGGAAAAGACUCUGGACCACCUGAAACACGACAAUAUCUUGAACCAGCAGAUCUCUGUCUUUAAUGCAUUUCAGUGGCCUCAGACACCCAGCAUUUGCCAGGUAGGAUACUCCCAGCACUCAACCAGUGGGUGUGUGGUUCCCCGGCCGUGGUACACCUGUCUGUCCUCUCCUCUUCCUACCUUUUUAGAGGUAUUAAUUCAGAGCUGCUGUUCUGUGAUCAGAUUUCUUUAAAGAACACUUCAGGUUAAACAUGAAUACAGAGAGUUGAGACUGUUUGUGAAUCAGCAAACCUUAAAAACCUCCUGCUGUGUGUUACAUGUUUGUUCCUCUUCUGGUUGGUUUCCUGGUUGAAGCUGCUGGUUAAUUUCACUUUCACUCGACAGCUUGAUUCAGCUUAUUUUCAGCAUCUAAAGGUGAUGUAACCAACAGUUUUCAUCAUGUUUAUGUCAGCGGGUGUUAAAAUGAUCUGAUAAUGAUCUGAUGUGUUGCUUUGCUGACCGCAUUAGUGGAAUGAAUGAACCUCCAGGAGGAAGAAAUACAAGUAUUUAUCAAUACUCUUAUUGGUUCUUUUUCAUUACUAAAGAAUUGGGGGUUUGUGAAUUAUUAUUUUAAAAAAGAAUAUAUUCAGAACUGGAUUAGAAUAGAUUUACAUUUUAAAUAUGACAAAAUAUUGUUUCUACAGCAGUUCUACAGUUUCUAUUGUUUCCAUCAGCAAAUUUACUAUAUAAAUUCAAUAUUUCCCUUGAAAAAAAUAAAAAUCAGGCAUUCCUCCUGUCCUCCUCCCUCUGCUGCUGGUCGAAAGCAGGGGCUUAUCCAGCCAGUAGCUGGAGGGUCCCCACUAGGAAAAUUUUAGUUACAAAGACUUGAUUUCCCGCAUUCUGUUGAAUUUUUGUGCAUGUGAAUAACAAACUAAUGAACCAACAACUGCUUAGUACAAUGUACUGUUAUGAACCUCAAAUAAAACCAAAGGUACAUAUCAUUUAGAAGGGAGACAACAGUAGUACGACUACUGUAGCACCAAUGCUACACUCUUCACCUUCAAAAAGAAAAAAAACAAGAGCAUGCUAUAUUUUUAAUGUACCAUUAUAAUAGUUAACCACUCUCUCCACCUAUUCAAAGAACAGAGCAAGAGUACAAUACCCUAGUCAGUUUACUGAUAUACACCCAUCAGAAGUUUGAGUACACCUGUUUAAAACUAUUUUUUUUCAUAAAAUUACCCUAAACUGUAUACAUUUGAUUUUUCUAACAUGUCUUGUAACUGCAGGUUGCUCUGAAGUAGUGUGGCACCAAUGCUGCUCUCUCCACCUUCAAAAAAAAAAAAAAGCCAUAGUACAGCACUGCAUAUCGUCUAAUGUACCAAUAUAAUACAGUUAACAACUCUCUCCACCUAUUCAAAGAACAAAGCAAGAGCACAAUACCCGACUCAGUUUACUGAUAUAUGCUACCCAUCAAAGGUUAAAAUCGCUCUUUAACAAACACAAACAUUAUAUAACAUAGAUAUUUAAGUUUCAACCAAUUACAUUAGCCUGAAUAGUGUGACAGAAGACAUUGUGUUGUCUCUAAAUUUAAAUUAUGAGCUCAAAGUAUUAACUCACUGGCUGAAAUUUUCACCAAAACAAAUGAAUUUUCAAAUAAUAUUGACCACAUUAUUUAGACUAGAUAUGCCAAUUAUGCCAUCAAUGUUUUUGAAGACAUUAGAAAGGGAACUACUACUUUUAUUAUUGAUCAUCCAGUUUCUUGCCAGCUUUGACAUUGACAGGGUACGAUGAUGACGCAUCAGUAACAUUAGCUAUGUUAGCCAGCUAGCACGUUUAUUUACCUUUCUUUUUCUCUCUCUUUCCCUCUUUGCUCCACCCUUCCUCUUUUUUCCACCGUCCAUCUUGCGGCUAAGUCAUGUAGCUGCAAUAAAUGCACUUGCUGCCAAACUAAACGUGUAACUGUCAGCUAGUCUCUCUCUCUCUCUUCUUCUACCGCCUGGCUGUCACAGUGCGCAGGGCAGUGUUGCGUUCAGGGUCAAAAAAUAAAUAAAUGAAAAAAUCUGUGGCCUGCGGUACCAUUUAGCAGGCCAGGCCACCGGGAAAAGUCCCAGUGCUCCCGAUUGCCAGUCCGGGCCUGGGGCCACCUGUGGAUGAAUCCUCAUGUUAAACUGCAAGGGGAGUGACGCUGCUGACUUUGGUUAUGGCCUUGGUUGAUGGUUGAUCAAUCAGAGGAAUGUCCUGGGUGACUGGAUUAAGUUUAGUAGAAAUGACUAAAAGGCAAACAUACCACAUUUUGCAUAGAGAUCAUUCAGGUGUCAAUUCACACUGUUUCUUUGUUUUACAGCCACAGAUGAAGACUGAUCAUCAAUCAUGAAGGCCAGAGCUUGUAGAGAAACAGUGGUCAGCUUUUGCUGUCUGAAGUAUGGUGCCAUCUUCCUUUUCCUGGCUGUGUUUGUCUUUAUCUAUUUUCUUUUUAACAUGGACUUUCUGGAGCAUAAAGCGAUCACCACCUUCCCUGCUCCAAGACCUCACCUACAACACCGCUUCUGCAGCUUCCAGCCACUGUCCCCUGAAGAUGCUCUGGAGGAACGCCUCCUAUUAGACUCCAUUGCUUGGCCUGAAACUCUAUCCCUGCCAGAUCCUCUUUCCCUGGAGCAGACCACCGAUCCUGCCCACAGCACCUUCACUAUUCUCCCAGAGAAGGGUGGACGACAGUGGCAUGUAGGGGAUCAGCUGGAAGCUAUCAUCAAAAUGUAUGACUUCAAGGGCCGUCCUAAGAAGUCUGGGGGAGACGUCUUACUUGCCCGUCUGCGAAACCGAGCACUUGGUGCAGGUGUGGCUGGGCAAGUGCUGGAUCAUCUCAAUGGCUCCUACUCUGCUGUAUUUUCUUUACUCUGGGAGGGAAGCGCACAGGUUGAGGUGACACUGGUUCACCCCAGUGAGGCUGUCAUGGUGCUGCAAAGGUUAACCAGAGAACAGCCGGAUAGAGUUUAUUUCAAGAGUGUCUUCCACUCAGGCUCAGUCUCUGAAACUACCACCUGUAAUGUCUGCCUGCGUCCAACCCAGCAGCCACUGUGCAACUACACUGACAUCAAUACAGGCGAGCCGUGGUUCUGCUACAAGCCAAAGAAUCUGAGCUGCGAUGCCAGGAUCAGCCACUCCACAGGAGGAUUCAAUCAAAACCUCAAGGCCAAGGAGGAAAUGCUCUUUAAAAGUGGUGUCAACAUGAAAGUCUCCAUUAAGGCAUCAGGAUCAGCCAAUGUCAACGUGUUGCCAAAAAUUAAAGGUCAACCAGAGGUAAUGAGCAGCAGUGUGAGAUCUGGACCCUCUGGCUAUUACUAUCAGGAUAUGUGGCAAGCCUUAGGUGGCACCCCAGUCCGCCAGUUCAGCACAUCCCCUGCCAUUAGUCAGUGUCUGAAAGGCAAGGCCGUCCACCUGUAUGGAGACUCUACCAUCAGGCAGUGGUUUGAAUACCUCACUGCAGCACUACCAGAUCUCAAGGAGUUUAACCUGCACAACCUGAGGCACGUUGGACCGUUCAUGGCCUUAGACCAUGCAAACAACAUUUUGGUGACAUACCGGUGCCACGGUCCCCCUAUCCGUUUUGUCAAUGUCCCAACCCAUGACCUGCGCUACAUUGCCAAUGAAAUAGACAGCUUAGUGGGAGGCAUUAACACUGUUGUCGUUCUUGGCAUCUGGUCUCACUUCAGCACUUUCCCCAUCGAGGUGUACAUCCGGCGGCUGCAGAGCAUCCGCAGGGCGGUGGUGCGGCUACUGGACAGGGCUCCAGGUACGGUGGUUGUCAUCCGGACUGCAAACUUCAAAGCUUUGACGCUUGAUAUGUCGCUGACCAACAGUGACUGGUACUCACUGCAGCGUGACAAGGUGCUCAGGGCCAUGUUCAGAGGACUGAAUGUUCGUCUGCUGGAUGCCUGGGAGAUGGCCUUGGCCCACCACUUGCCGCACAACCUACAUCCACAACCUCCCAUUAUUAAGAAUAUGAUCAACGUCCUCUUGUCCUACAUGUGUCCCCAAAAUGGCGGCUAGAUGUGUGUUUGUUGUGAGAAAGGAGUGUGAAUUCAAGUACUUGUGUUCAGUUUACACAUUGUCUCUGUGUUUCUGCCAGGUGCUGAAAUGCACCUGAUAUUUUUCUACCAUUUUUCUAUUUUUAACCAGGGAAGUUGACAGAGCAAUGCCUCGCAAAAUGCCUCGAAAAAAGAGAAACAGAACAGGAAGAAAAGCAUUCAUUAUGUUGCUGUAGGCUUCGUUGUAGUGUUCACCGCCUGGCUAGGCAGCUGCUCAGGAGCAACAGGUUGCAACACCGCCCCACUUGACUGCAUUUCAGAUGUUGUGGUGACAUCAUUACAUUUCGUGAAAAAUCCAUUUAUCUUUAUUUACCCAGGGAAGAUUUGUUGGGCGCAAAUGAUCAAUUUUAAGGCAAUACAAGUGAAAUUAGUUUCUUAUUUUUAGUCUAUUAAAAAGCAAAACAAAAAAACCCCCCAAAAGACAACAACAACAAAAAAAAACCAUUCCAAUGUAUGGCAGCUGCCAUACUUGCCAUACCCCAAUUGACACCUAUGCUCAAAAUGCUUUGAAGACAUAAAAUAAAAAUUUGACAAAAUUGUCACUGACAAAAACUAGACUAAAACAAACAAAUCCAAAGACUAAAAUUUCACGAAAAGUAAUAUACAUUUUCGUCAAAAGACUAAGACAAAACAAAAAUUAGGUUCCAAAAUUAACAGUUACUUUAACGAGUAGUUUGACAUUUUGGGAAAAGCACUUACUCACUUUCUUGUCAAGCGUUAGAUAAGAAGAUCGAUACCACUCUAUCUGUCCUUUCAAUAUGAAUUUUGAGCUAGGAGAAGGUUAGCUUAGCUUAGCAUAAAGAAUGGAAACAGGGGGAAACAGCUAGCCUGGCUCUGUCAAUUAAUGCACUUUAGAAGUUCUGGCUGGCCAAUUUUGUUACCUUUGGAAGGAUCCAAGUUAACUUCACCCCCAUUCCCAGCCUUUAUGCUAAGCUAAUUGGCUGCUGGCUCCCAUAAUGUAUAUAUACAAAUACAGUGCAUACACAUUAAUUAAAUAAUGCAAAAGCAAUAAGCACUAAAAAUGUGGAAAUGAAUAAAUGCAGAUAAAAAACAUUGUGCAAACAGAAAGGCAAAAAAUAAAAUAAAUAAAUAAAAUGCAAUAAUCAUUUAGGAAAUUGCAGUUGGACUCAAAUUUGUUUUUGGUAUGAUGAGGAAAACACAGAUAAACAUGAAUAUUCAAGAACCAUCCAAUGUUUACAACAAGAUUCUAAUUGAAUAGAUUUGUUAGACAUAAUAACAUUUCAGUCAAAUUAAAUAACACAUUAUCCCAAUAAAAAAAUAAUAUUUGUCCCUCUUUAUUAAGGCCCUAAUAGUCUCUUAAACUCUGCCCAAGCUUUUACAUGCAUGGUUCCUUAAGAACUGAGGAGUAUUGAUAUUUGCAGACAUGGUUCAAAAGGUCAAAAUAGGCUGUAUCCUAUUUCUGUACCAGCAGACAAAGUCUAGCCUGCACUAUUUCAGCUAAUUGUAGCUUAGUGAGCAGCCACGCAGCCAAGGGUUCAUUCUUUCUGACAGAAACUUUAACAAAACAAGUAAAUUUGACUCAAAAUGACUCAUGGGAUGGUUUAUGCACCAUAAACUGAUAUUAACCAGCAUGGUGGGAUUUUUCUUUUAGUUGACAAUUACUCAAGUAAGAAUAAAACUACAAGUGGAUAAACUUUUCAGGAAUGUAUAAUAACAGCCAUAAUAUUAAAUAAUAUCUAACUUUAUCUCAACAGCCACAUAUUUAUGAACAUUUUACUCAAGAGACAUGAAUGUGUUUCUCAGCUCCAAGAAACAGCAGAAACAUAGAAUUAUCAGAGCUUAUCAGAGUAUCGAUGCAAUACAUGUACAUUACAUAUAAUUUAAACAAGAUGUUGUUGUUGACAGAAUUAUGGAUAUUGUAUGAAAUGUUUCUUGGGUUAUGUUACUGGUUGGGGGUUGAUGGAAUAUGGGGAAAUGUAAUUUCUUAGUUGUUGCAUUUUUCUUUAUUUUUUAUGUUAUGUAUACAAGACAUAUAUGUAAAAAACAACUGGAACAACCAUAUGGAAUAUAGAGUAUUUUUCUUAAGUUGCAUUUAUGUAAUAGUAGUUUGAAGAUUAAGUCACUGUGAAGUGAACUCACUGUUACUUGUGAUGGAAAUCUUGGAGGUGGGUAAUUCAAAAAUACCUUGAGACCUUCGAUGUCUUGAGAAAAAUAAUUUAUUGACAGUUGAUUGAUUGAGAAGACCCUAGGAUAUAUAACUCCAAUGCAUGAAGUUAACAUUGAAAUGUUACCCAAAUUCUGAAGGAAGUUUUGUGAGCAAUGCCUUAUUAUCUCCUCAUCAUGUCCAGAUGAAGACUGGUUUCGGCAACAGCCUUGGCUCAAGUCAUAACAUAACAGAGACCUUGUAGCCUUGGCUUAAGUCAUAACAGAUACCUUGCUGUAAGAUUGUUUACUUUAGCGCCAGUGUAGAUACCAGAAUGGCUUGCACAGUAAUGCUGAUGUUCUUGUGGUCUUUGUUUGUUAGCUAACAUUAGCUAUGUUAGCUAAGGUUAACUGGCUAAAAUAUCAUGAGCUGUGUUUGUUUGGAGUUAGCUAAUGUCUUGUCAUGGGGAAUUUAUCUGUUUUUCGGGUUCUAGCAUACAUCCAUGCUACAGCUAAUUGGUGUGCUGUCAGAACGUUCCAGGUGGAACUCGUGCUCCAGAAUUAUUGUACUGCAUGUCUGAGUAAGUCGAUUAUUAAACUAUUUUGUCUGUAA